CAUGCAUAUGGCUUAGGAGAACAUUAUAAUUCAGUUACACGACUGAGUUGGUGCACUAGUAAUUCCCAGGAUCAUGACUGAGAGAUUGUUAAUAAAAGCAUUGAGUGGUGGUAAAAAUACGAAGAUCAUUACUUUGAAUGGGAAGAAGAUGACAAAGAUGCCCUCAGCAUUAGGAAAACUGCCUGGCCUGAAGACUCUAGUCCUUCAGAAUAACCUAAUCCCCAAAGUGUGUCCAGAGUUACACAAGUUGACCCAGUUGACAACACUAAAUCUGGGAAACAACCUUUUAGAAGAAGUUCCGGAAGAGAUGAAAUAUCUUACAUCUCUGAAGAAUCUCCAUUUAUCUGGAAAUAGGAUCUGUAGAUUUGCACCUGGAGCCUGUGAUGGCUUACAAAAUUUAAUCCUGCUUAAUCUGAACAACAAUCAUCUUACGCAGCUUCCUCAAGAAGUCAGCAGAUUAAAAAGUCUUACUUAUGUGAGUGUAAAUUAUAACCAACUAGCCAGCAUUCCUAGAGAACUUUGUUUUCUUGAGAAUCUUGUUGAACUUCAACUUAACUACAAUCAGCUGAUAUACAUACCUGAAGAGAUUAAAUUCUUGAAGAAACUUCAGAAGCUUUUGCUAGCCAGAAACAAUGUUGGAGUUUUGCCAGAGGAACUUUGUGAUCUUAAAAAACUAAGAAUCCUAGACAUAGCUGGAAAUAUUAUUCAGAUAUUUCCAUCAGGAUUUCAGGAUCUGAAGCUGAGGGAAUUCUACUGUGAGGGAAACCCACUGUUCCUGCAGCAGCCAGUGAUUUCUACACAACGGGAGAACGUCUGGAGUCUACAGGAAAUAACAUCAAGAUUUGUAAUGAAUCAGCUAGCAGAAAAUAACCCUUUCCUAAUGGAUGGCAUAGAACAGUACCCACAAGUCAGGAGCAUGAUCUCUCAGGGAAAAACAUGUGCAAUAUGUGGACAGUACUUUAUAACCGUAUGGCUGGAAUGUGUUCGAUUUGUUCCUCCACCAAAGGACUGGAAGAUAAGCAAGAAUCUGCAGCUGGUGCCUCUCCAAGUAUUAAUUUGUUCUUACAAAUGUUUUACUCAACGUGACCCUAACCUCUUUGGAAUUGCUCAGGUGUAGAACAGGUGAGGUGCUCAUUCAUAGCCUCACUCAACUUGCCCUGUCAGCUCUGCAUACACAGAUUAUGCCCUACUUAAGAUACCAUGCUGUACCUGUUCUCUUUGUCAACACAUUAAAUAAAGGAAGAAAAAUAAUUCCAUUAUAAUGUUCCCAAUCUAAGCACUACAAUCUGCCUUUAGCUUGCUUAGAUUCUAGGUGUGCUUUUUUUGGCUUAAAAAGGUAAAAAAAAAAAAUGGAAAAAUAAAGAUUUGUGUGGCAAG